ACUAGAUAAAUAAAGUCUCAUUUGUCUUUUACAAAUGUGUUUUAAAAGAUUAUUAACAUAAUAAUAGUAUUAUAACUAUGGCGGGUCAUGGCUUUUAAAGGCCUCCAUUCCUAUUUCCUACCUCUCUGAGUUAUUUCAUUGAAGUGCACUCAACGUUCUCCAUUGAAGCGUUCUCCGUUGAAUCUAAUUCUUGGAUCCCCCAUUGAAGCAGCUUCUAAGGUGUUUCAGAAAAUAUGGAAAUUGAAGAGGAUGAUAACUAUGAGGAAUACAUCCCCGUUCAUAAGCGAAGGGCUAUGUUAAAAGAAAAAAUACUUCAGAAGGGGAAAGAAUCAAACACAAAUGAAGUUGAAUCUGAGAAAGAGAAGACUGAGGAGGCUAAGCCCAGUCUUCUCGUUAAAGCUACACAAUUAAAGAAAGAUGUUCCGGAGAUCAGUGCCACUGAGCAAAUUGUCCUACAAGAAAAGGAAAUGAUUGAGAAUCUUUCAGACAAGAAAUCCCUGAUGUCGGUUCGAGAGCUGGCAAAAGGUAUAACAUACACAGAGCCUCUUUGGACUGGGUGGAAACCUCCCCUGGCCAUAAGGAGGAUGUCGAAGAAGCAGUGUGACACCAUUCGGAAGCAAUGGCAUAUUAUUGUUGAUGGUGAUGACCCUCCGCCGCCUAUCAAGACUUUUAAGGAGAUGAGGUUUCCUGAACCUGUAUUGGAGGAGUUAAAAUCGAAGGGCAUUUUUCAACCCACACCAAUCCAAGUGCAAGGGCUUCCUGUCAUUUUGUCUGGUAGAGACAUGAUUGGUAUUGCAUUUACUGGUUCGGGGAAGACAUUGGUUUUUGUCUUGCCCCUCAUAAUGUUGGCCCUGCAGGAAGAGGAAAUGAUGCCUCUUGAACAUGGAGAAGGCCCGUUUGGGCUUGUAGUUUGCCCUUCUAGGGAGCUCGCGAGGCAGACUUAUGAGGUUGUGGAGCAGUUUCUGAUUCCGCUUAAGAAGGCUGGAUGGCCAGAACUGAGGCCAUUGCUGUGCAUUGGAGGGGUGGAUAUGAAAUCACAAUUGGACGUUGUCAAGCAGGGUGUUCAUAUAGUUGUUGCCACUCCAGGGAGGCUCAAGGAUAUGCUUGCCAAGAAGAAAAUGAAUCUGGAUAACUGCAGAUAUUUAUGCCUGGAUGAGGCUGAUCGACUGGUCGAUUUAGGAUUUGAGGAUGACAUCAGAGAAGUCUUUGACCAUUUUAAAGCUCAGAGGCAGACAGUUCUUUUCUCUGCCACUAUGCCAACAAAGAUCCAGAAUUUUGCUAGAAGUGCAUUGGUUAAGCCUAUUGUUGUUAAUGUCGGUAGAGCUGGGGCUGCUAAUCUUGAUGUCAUUCAAGAAGUUGAGUAUGUGAAGCAGGAGGCCAAAAUUGUUUACCUCCUAGAGUGUUUGCAAAAGACACCGCCCCCAGUUCUUAUAUUUUGCGAAAACAAAGCUGAUGUGGAUGAUAUCCAUGAGUAUCUCCUUCUGAAAGGGGUUGAAGCAGUUGCCAUCCAUGGAGGCAAAGAUCAAGAGGAUAGAGAAUACGCCAUAAAAUCUUUCAAAGCCGGAAAUAAAGAUGUCUUAGUUGCCACUGAUGUUGCCUCUAAAGGGCUGGAUUUCCCCGACAUUCAGCAUGUUAUCAACUAUGACAUGCCUGCUGAGAUUGAGAAUUAUGUCCAUCGUAUAGGUCGGACAGGAAGAUGUGGGAAAACAGGAAUCGCGACAACAUUCAUAAAUAGAAACCAGAGUGAGACUACACUGCUUGAUUUGAAGCAUCUUCUGCAAGAAGCCAAGCAGAGAAUACCACCUGUAUUGGCUGAACUUGAUGACCCAAUGGAUGAUUUAGAGGACCUCGUGGAUGCAAGUGGAGUCCAAGGGUGUUCGUAUUGUGGGGGGCUUGGUCACAGGAUCCAAAAUUGCCCAAAAUUGGAGCAUCAGAAGACACAACAGCUUGUUAAUUCGAGAAAGGAUUAUUUUGGUGGUGGGGGCUAUAGAGGAGAAAUCUGAUGCUUUUCUCUGCUCAAUUUUCUUAGUUUUUCUUGUAUUUUUAACAUCUUGCUGUUUACUCCCCGUUGGUGUGCUUGAGAUCUUAUGUUCUUUAUAUUACAUGUAUGAAGCUCAAUGUUUCACGAUAGUUUAGGUUGUAUAACAAUAUCAAUAUUACUUUUGAGAGAUGAAGAGAGAUAGAUGAUCCAAAUUAGUUGAUUUUAGAUAUUUACUAGAUUUUGGCCGGUUAAUGCUCCGUGUUAUUGUAUGAUACACGUACAAUAAGCAUGCAUGCUUAUGUCUUCCUGUUAGAUAUAUUAUAUUAUUCACUACUUAAUUAGUUUUAGUGA